CAGAAGUCGUGUGAAAUAUCGGAGUUGGCUGCUGGUGUGAAUUGUUUCUUGCUGUCAUACAGAUGGAACGUAAAAUCAUCGAGAAGCGACGGUUUAAAAAUGCAGAACUGCUCAGCAUCUAAGGAGAACACACACGCAUUCCGGAAGUCACACCCACUGUAUACCAGUGCAGCAUGAUGGCCACGAGAAACCAGCCCAACGGCUGCUACGCCCGCCAGACGCCCAUAACGCCAACAGCCUCAGAACUUGAAAUUAUCAAGGACACUGUGCGUAAACGGUAUGCCGCGCGUCAAAAUAAAAAUGACGUCGACGUUCAACGGAAGACUUACAACGCCGCUGGUAACGCUAGCAGGACGCCGAACACAUUUCUCGUUUAUAAUGAAGAAACGUUUACUGACAAAAACGUCAGAAAAAUUGAUGGAGUUAAACGCAAGUUCACAAAAAAUUACAGUAAAUAUGACAUUAAUGGAAGAUUAACCAAUUCGAAAACGAACAAUACGAUGUAUACAAACAAAAACUCAGUAAUCACGCCAUCAAAAUUGCCGGGACCCGUCACGUCACAACACAAAGCAAGUGUAAAUGUGGAACAAGAAACUCCUCGAGUAUAUCGACCAAUGUCGGCGCGACCAGAUUCCCGUUGGCAGCGCCGGGACCAUGACGACGCCGACGAGGCGUAUUCGACAGAUUUCGACAGUGACAAUGAUAGUGAAUUGAGUAAAGACAUUGCUAUUAGUUCUCCUCCUAUACCGAAUGACCGUGCUGCAAAGAGCGAUCAAAAUGUGGACAUGAAGUCACUUCCGCCUCGUCCUAAGACCGGUCACGGCCGGCGGGCGCCUGGCGAAAGUAUCAGCCCUAGGCCAAAGUCGCGGACCAGAAAUGUAGAAAAUAUGCGUUUCAAUCCCAAUGAAAAAUGGAGCAGUCCAGAUGACUUAAAAGUAAGUCCGAAGAAAGUUGAACUAAAUGAACAUAAUAAUUACCCUCGUGAUAGUCAUAGGGAAGACGCUGGCCCUCCGCUUAAAAGUAGCUCAAGAGAGGAGAUAGUGCAUGGUAUUGAACAUAUGCACUUCGGAUUGGAAGACAUUGACUUGGAUGUCGAUCCGGUUGAGUACUUUAAUUAUCAAUACAAGUUUGACACGUUUGGGUCAGGAGGAAACCUGUCAUUACUGAAAAACACGGAAACCUAUCUUUCCGGCAAGGAAAACCUGUCGCAAAAUAGAAAUAAUCAAAGUGGUUCUCAUGGCAACAAUCAAAACGAACGUGCAAUGAACUUCGAGUCAAAUGAUCGUCACUAUGGUAACAAGGCGCUUAUUUCUCGUAAUUCAAUAACAAACCAUUCUGUCACAGGAUUCCGGUAUGGAAAAAACAUGAGCUCUAUUAAUUCCAAGUACGAUGCGUUGACAGGUGCGAACGUGGCAAAGAAACGCCAGGGGCUUUUAGCGCAAGGUAUGUACACAAACGCUAAGGUGUUUACAAUGGGUAAUACCAAGGAACAAAUACACAUGGAUUUUAAGGAAGAUCCGGUCGCCGGAAAUGCCAUACGAAAACCCAAACUGAAAGCUGUGGAGCCACGUGCUAAAAGGCAGUAACAUAUUAAUGUAUAUAGUAUAUACAUGUACAUUGUUUGAUUUCUACGAUACUAAGUGUACAUAUAAUUAUGUUUUAUUCAUAUUAACAAUCAAAAUCAAAAUAGCUAACCGCAAGACAGUUCUGUGUAUGUUCAAGUUUUGUAAACCCUAGUUUCAUUAGUUGCAAUAUUGACAAAAGCUGAUGUAAUUAGCAUGCGAAAAAUACCUCCUUCCAAUAUUUACAUGUUAUGUUCAAGAAUGUACAAUUAUAAUGACAGUUCAUGUACCCGUCCAGCAAAUAUUUUAUAAGUUACAGGGUUUGUAGGUGACCCGAUAUGGGAUAUACUGGACAAGGGAAACCAUUUCGGGUGAGAGCGAAGACAUAGCGGGUCACCUACUAACCCCUUAACGUAUAUAUCACGUCGACAAUCUGUUUACAUGUUUAAAUGUUUCAUUUAUUCAUCGGAAUAUUCAUCGGAAUCAGAAAAUAGACGCCAUUUUGGUACGAUAUAAAUUUGGUGCCCCAAUAUGGAAAAAUAUGGGUUCACCGCAUGACCAGUCGUGGACUUAUGGCGUUAAAUCAUUUAUGUUGGAGGCAUGAUAUAUGUGUAUUUUGGUUGCAUGGUAAUCUCAUAUUAUUUUGGUAGUAUUUGUUAUUGUUUUGUGUGCAGAAAAAGAAAUACCGCAAUUGAUCUAAAUUAAAAGAAAACAAGUUGGUUUGGCCUUCAAAGAUGGCAAUAUAUGUCAUUUAUGUCCGAGUUCAGUUGAAAUAUAGAGCAAACGCCUUGUAUAUACAAACUGCAAAAAUGCAUAGGACGUACGUUCGGUCAUUUAUUGUACAUAUUAAGUUGCGGUAGGCAAAUAUCUGUAAAAUGAUAACAAUAUAGUAUGUGGUCACCUGAGACAAAU